AUGACAGAACACGCCCCUGAUGCCUCCAUGGCCUCCUGGACUAACACCAUCUACAACCUCAACCGCGGCAGCGUUGACGACGAGCUCGAGCGCCUCGCCUAUAACCACUUCAACAUCUGGACCCCUCUCACCGUCGACCUUCUGCCGUCUCAUAUCCUCUCGUCCCUCCAGUCCCAGGACCGCCCCCGGAUCGCCGAUGUCGCAACGGGCAGCGGCGUCUGGCUGACCUCCCUCGUCGAAGACCUCCCGCCGCACUCGGAGCUGUUCGGCUUCGACCUCGACAAGUCCAAGUUCCCGCCGCGCCCGCCCACGCCGCCGAUCCCGCCGCCGCCCUCGUCCCCGCCCCUGCGGCCGGAGCAGCCGCGGCUGGACUUCCUGGAGCAAAACGUGCUGCAGCCGUUUCCCCCAGAGCUUCAGGGCACCUUCGAUCUCGUUCACGUGAGGCUUCUCGCGUUGGGGCUGAAGGCUGGGGAUUGGGACGCGGUCCUGGCGAACCUGUACGACCUCUUGAAGCCGGGCGGCUGGCUUCUGUGGGAGGACACGGGAGAUGUGUUCAUCAGGGCGUUCCCGCCGAGCAGGGCGUACGAGGAGUUCUGGUGGGCUUGCGUUAAGCACGACGCAAGGGUCGGACGGGACAGUCUGAUGCCCGCGGCACUUUUGAAGAAGCUCCGGGGCCUCGGCUUCCGGAACUGCGAGCAAAGAGUAUGGAGCUCGUGGGCGGCGGACGAAUCGAUCCAGCAAAAGGCGUCGACGGCGCUCGUCCGGCUGGUCAAGCCGGCGUUAGCAGCCGUGGUCGAGGACGGCGGCGAGGAGACGGUUCGGACGAUGGAAGACGUCAGUCGCAUCGAGAGGGAGAUGGAACAGGAUAUCGAACAGAACGGCGUCCGGAUCGGGUUCGAUUACUUUUGGAACUGGGGACAACGGCCGUCAUGA